AAUGAAUUAUUUGUUUACUCAGAUUUUGGACUAGAGCAAUAACUAGGUCAUGAUGGCAGAUUUCCAGUCCACACAUUCACCUUAUACUGAAGACCCUACGCUUGAUAUGGAGUUUACUGUAAAGAAGGAGCCAUUUGGGAUUUCUGAUUCUGUGGAGGAGGAAGAAAAUCAACAACAGCUGUUAACAGUGAAGAAGGAAAGGAGCGAUUUCCAACCCCAUUCAAAUAUUCAGAAAGAUACCGAAAAAUUACAGAACUAUUGUUCAGACGAGGAUCAAACUGGAAAUUCAGAGAGGCACAUCAACACACAUAGGGAAAGGAGAGAUUUUGAACCCCAAUCUAAUAUUCAGAAAGACACUGAACAAUUACAGAACUAUUGUUCAGACGAGGAUCAAACUGGAAAUUCAGAAAGACACAUCAACACACAUGUAAGUAAAAAGCCAUUUAAGUGUAACAGUUGGAAAGAUUCAGCUAGUUCAGAUCACUUACAGAGACAAAUAAGUUGUCAAAUCAGGGAGGAGAGUUUUGAGUGUGAAUUUUGUGGGAAGGCAUUAUCUGUAUUUAGUGACAUUACUAUCGACAUGACUACAGAAACUGGUAAUGUUUCUUAUUGUUGUGAUGCAUGUGAAAAAACUCGGAACGAAUCAGGUGCCUUACAUACAAAUAUGAGGACACACACAGAUAAAACACUUAAUAACUAUGAUGUAUUUGAGAAGUCACUCUGUGAGCCACAACACGUGCAGACACACAUGAGUACACACACUAUUGAAAAGCCUUUUAAAUGCGAAGUGUGUGAGAAGGCAUUCAGUAGGUCAAAAAAUCUAAAGAGUCACAUGAGGAUACAUACAGGUGAAAAACCGUACAAAUGUGAAGUUUGUGGGAAGGCUUUCAAGCAUUCACAGAGCUUAAAAGUUCACAUGAGGACACAUACUGGUGAAAAACCGUUCAAAUGUGAUGUGUGUGGGAAGGCUUUCAACCAGUUACAACAAUUAAAGAAUCACAUGAGGACACAUACUGGGGAAAAACCUUACAAAUGUGAUGUAUGUGGGAAGGCUUUCAACCAGGUACAGCACUUAAAGAAUCACAUGAGGACACAUACUGGGGAAAAACCUUAUAAAUGUGAUGUGUGUGAAAGGAGUUUUUCUGGAACAAAAGCCCUACAGGACCAUAUGAUGAUACAUACAGGUGAAAAACCUUAUAAAUGUGAUGUGUGUAUGAAUGCAUUCAGUCAUUCAAAGGACUUAAAGACUCACACGAGGAUUCAUACAGGUGAAAAACCAUAUACAUGUGAUGUGUGUGGGAAGGCAUUCACUCGUUCAAGUGACUUACAGAGUCACAGGAGGAUAUUACAUUCAGAGGAUAAACCUUAUAAAUGUAAUAUGUGUGAUAAGGCAUUCAUUUGUUCAAGAAGCUUAGAGAAUCACAUGAGGAUCCAUACAGGAGAAAAACCUUAUAAAUGUGAUAUGUGUGGGAAGGCUUUCAAACAAUCAGGUGAAUUACAUCAACACAUGAGGAUACAUACAGUUGAUAAAUCUUAUAAAUGUGAUGUUUGCCAGAAGGCAUUUAAUCAUUCAGGUAAUUUAUUGAAGCACAUGAGGAUACAUACAGGUGAUAAACCUUAUAAGUGUAAUGUGUGUGGAAAGACAUACAAUCAGUCAAAUGACUUACAGAGGCACAUGAGGACACAUACUGGUGAAAAACCUUAUACAUGUGAUGUGUGUGGAAAGGCAUUUUACCAAUCAAGUACCAAAAAUAGACACAUGAGGAUACAUACCGGUGAAAAAACUUUUGAAUGUGGUGUAUGUGGACAGACAUUCAGGAGAUCAGAUACCUUACAAAAACACAUGAGGAUUCAUAUAGGUAAUAACAAAAAAACGAAGUUGGCAUGGUCAGACAAAAUGCCAAGUAAAUGAACAUCAGUGAUAAACAUAUUAAUGUGAGCUGUUUUCAAAUCAGAUUUAUCAAUGAAGAAAGUGAAGAGACGAAUAACACGAUUUAACCAAACCUGUCAAAAAAUCCUUAAUAAAAAUCUCAAUUAAUUUUGAUAUUAUCCUUAUAAACAUUAACAACACUUUGACCUGUGUUGAAUAG